AUGAAGCACAAGAAACAGAAACGAGGGCUUUUCUUGCACACAAGCAAGCUCCCCGAGCCGACAGAGAUCAGAAACUAUCUCUUCCCUUCCAGACCCGAAAACUCGGAGACAUGGCUGAACCGCCCAGAGCUGCCUUCUUCAGCGGAGAUCAUGGGCAUCGCGGAGGAGGAAGACGACGCGAACUUCGUGGACCUCGCCCCAAACAACAUCUUCGGUCCGUGGGAGUCGGAGCACGCGUAUCUCAAAGCCCACUAUGAGCUGCUGCGAGAGGAUGCCGUUGCUCCGCUGCGGGAUGCCGUAGCACAUGUGCGCGAACAUCCGGGCAUGAUGGAGAACAAAGUCGCAUCGAUCUACGAGAAGGUUUACAUUAUCGGCGUCACUUGCUCCCCGAAGGGACUGGGAUUUCGGAUUCAGUUCUCAACACAUCGAGCCGGGAAGAAUAUCGCUUGGGAGUACUCAAAGCGUCUGAUCACUGGAUCCCUUCUCGCGCUCUCCCCCGCAGACGAUGUCUUUCGGACGCAAUGUGUCGUCGCUGUGGUGGCGAGCAGGGCGCUGGAGAGUGUGAAGAUGAAGCCUCCGCAGAUAGACAUCUUCUUCGCGAAGCCUGAGGAUAUCGAGUUCGACCCCCAGAAAGAGUGGCUUAUGGUCGAGGCAAAGGAUGGGUACUUUGAGUCGGUUAGACACACGAUGACAGCUUUGCAGAAGAUUGACCAGGAAAGUUUCCCUCUAUCUAACCACAUAUGCCGACUUGACCCUCAGAUCGAGCCACCCGAAUAUGUGAAAUGCAGCCCUCGCGUUGAUCUCCAGGCAAUUCUCGCGAACUGCGAGGAAGACAGUCGAAUUGACCUGCUUGCAGGAUGGCCAUCGGUGCCAAUCGGGGAUCGUGAUGCAACCCAAUGGGAAGCCCUCCAUAACAUGCUGACCAAACGACUGUCCAUUGUCCAAGGUCCCCCGGGGACUGGCAAAACAUAUGUGUCGGUUCUUGCGUUGAAGAUCUUACUCUCCAACAUGAAACCCAAUGAGCCGCCUAUAAUCCUUGCCUCUCAGACAAAUCAUGCCUUAGAUCAGCUGCUCAGGCUGGUCUCGCUGUUUGAGGAGAAGUAUAUCCGUCUGGGCGCGCGCAGCUCGGAUCCCGGCGUUAAACUGCGCACUCUCUUCGCUAUUCGAGCAAAUGAGAUGGCUGUAGUCAGUGGCGGUGUCGGGACAGCAGCCAAUCUCGACUACAGAAGGCUUACCAAAGAGAUAGCCGAGCUCUUAGAGCCAUUCGGGGCCGAACGCGCGGGUGUGCCGCUAUCGUCGGAGUUCUUCGUCCAGUACGGCGUGCUUACUGAGACCCAGCUAAGCUCGCUAACAAAGGGAUCAGAGGACUGGAUUAGUUCGGACAAAGAAGGCAACAUCGAUCCUCUAGUCACUUGGCUAGGGGAAGAAGCAGUGCCUUUCCAGGUGAAAUAUGCAGAGGACAAUUUCGGGUUCGAAGAAGAUGAGAUUGACCUCGAAUACGAACAGUUGAAGGAGCUUGAAGCGGAGCAAGGGCUCGAAGAUGACGGUUUUGAGUACCUGAAAGGCCGCUUUCUCUACAUUCUUGACAGUAUGUGUGGGCGGAGCCAUUCUUACCCCAGUGCGUUACCAUCGAACCAUACCAAGUUCGCGGAUUUGUGGAAGGUCAAGCCAGAAGCACGAGGACACAUAUACGACUCAAUGCGGCAGCUGCUCAAAGAUAAAAUCACCAAACGGCUCCGUGAGCUCGCUUCAAAGUACCAGAAGAAUUGCAAGUGGAUACAAGCUGGUCGGUGGGAGCUAGAUCAUGCAAUCCUUCGAAGCGCAAAAGUCAUCGGCAUGACUGCUACCGGCUUGAGCAAGUACAGGGGUCUCGUUUCGAGUCUCAAACCCAGGAUCGUGCUGAUUGAGGAGGCUGCUGAAGCAAUUGAAGCCCCAAUCGCGGCUGCAUGUUUCGAUUCUCUUCAGCACCUGAUACUCGUCGGCGAUCAUCAGCAACUGCGAGGAAAUUGCACUGUGCAAGACCUGGAAGGGGAUCCCUUCUACCUCGAUAUUUCGAUGUUCGAACGGCUAGUGAAUAACAACAUGGAGUACGUCACCUUGCGAUGGCAGAGACGAAUGCCCCCUGAGGUACGGCAAUUGCUAGAGCCCAUCUACGGCACCCUCGAGGACCAUAGAUCGGUGCUUCAACGCCCCAAAGUGGUUGGUAUGGGGGACCGCCAGUCUUACUUCUUCACUCAUAACUGGCCGGAGACUCGAGACAGCUUUGCAUCAAAAUUCAAUGAGACCGAAGCACAGAUGAUCGUGGGGUUCUUUGUUUAUUUGAUACAGAACGGUGUGCCUGUCCACGAGAUCACCAUUUUGACAUUCUACAAUGGACAGAGAAAGCAUCUGCUGAGCCUUAUGAAAAGACAUCCUUACCUUCAAGGCCUGUACCUGAAGGUCGUCACUGUGGAUUCCUAUCAAGGUGAGGAGAACGAGAUUGUCAUUCUCUCCAUGGUCCGUAGCGGUGGUGACAAUAUCGGGUUCUUGUCCAUCGAGAACCGUGUCUGCGUUGCCUUGUCGCGUGCCAGAUGCGGAUUCUAUAUUUUCGGAAAUGCAAAUUUUGCUGCGGUCAAUAGCGACUUGUGGAGCCGUGUUGUGUCCAUCAUGAAGCCCCAGCGAGUUGGGGUGGAGCUGCCCCUGACCUGCGUGAAGCAUAAAGAGAGGACGUUCAUGAAAAGCCCCUCCGAGUGGGACUACAUAAAUGGAGGAUGCUAUAAAAAGUGCGGCGAGAAGCUCGACUGCGACCAUUUAUGCAGCCUGAAAUGCCAUAGCUUCCCACACUCGCGAGUUGUGUGCGAAAGCGUCUGCAACAAGAGAUGGGAAUGCGGACACAAGUAUCGGUCAAUUUGCUCGUCUCAACACUCAUGUUCGUGUAAAGGUUGUCAAGUAAACCUGGAGACGAGCUACGCAGCGGCGGCGGCGGCGGAGCUGAAUGUCCCGGUGGAACCGAAAGCGGAUCCCCGCCCCGAAGGCAUCCGCGCCUACCAAGCCUAUGCUAGCGGAGGAGAGAGGGUCUAUCUCAUUGCAUAG